ACAGGCACCAGCAGCGAUUCAUAAAAACCCGAGGAAUGCACCAUCUGCUGUUCGUCCUCAGUGCAGGUCAACAGACUCAGAACAUCUACAUUACCAUGGCAGCCUUCCUUCACCACUGCCCCUUCCUGAAGUCCGUCCCUAAGCCAGCUUUGAGGGGAACAGGAGCCGCCUUGCUUUCUCUGGCCCAUCAAUGUCCCAUCAUCACCCGCCAGAUCAGCGUGAGCGGCCCAGGCUCUCUGAAGGCCAAGCUUGGCGUCUCACCCACCAAAACAAAGAAUCACCAGCUUCCAACAGAGGACCAGCGGCGGCUGUUUGCUCAAACAGCUACACAGGUGGCUGUGUUAGUUUCCAAGGACUGUCCUUUUGUCACCUCUCAGCUUGGGGUAGUUCAAGCCAGUCCUGAGGUACAGGAGGACGUCAGCGAAGGUUUGAUGAGCUCUCUGUUGAAGGGUUUAAAGGGAUCCAUCUUCCCAAACUCUGCUCAAACCAACUCAGUCACCCACCUCCUCAAAGACAGCAUGAUUGGCCCGAGCUACAACUAUGAUGACUUCUUCAUGGAGAAGAUUGCAGAGAAAAGGAAGGACCACACAUACAGGGUCUUCAAGACCGUAAACAGGAGCGCUGAGGUCUUCCCUUUCGCGGAUGAUUACUCCAUCUCUGGUCGAGAAGGCUCGCCGGUGUCUGUCUGGUGCAGCAAUGAUUAUCUGGGAAUGAGUCGGCACCCUCAGGUCGUGGGGGCAAUCAGAGAUGCUCUCAUUAGACACGGUGCAGGAGCAGGGGGGACCAGGAACAUUUCAGGCACCAGUAACUUCCAUGUGUCUCUGGAGAAUGAGCUGGCUCAGCUGCACCAGAAAGACGCAGCUCUCGUCUUCUCCUCCUGCUUUGUGGCAAAUGACUCCACCCUCUUUACUUUGGCCAAGAUGCUUCCAGGUUGCGAGAUCUACUCUGAUGCAGGGAACCACGCAUCAAUGAUUCAGGGCAUCAGGAACAGUGGAGCCAAGCGCUUCAUCUUCCGCCACAAUGACAGCCGACACCUGGAGGAGCUGCUGCAACGCUCGGACCCAAAGAAGCCCAAAAUAGUCGCCUUUGAGACCGUGCAUUCAAUGGACGGAGGCAUCUGUCCUCUGGAAGAGCUGUGCGAUGUAUCUCACCGUUAUGGAGCUCUGACGUUUGUUGAUGAGGUUCACGCUGUGGGUCUGUACGGAGCACAUGGAGCUGGAGUGGGAGAGAGAGACAAUAUUAUGCACAAGAUUGACAUCGUUUCUGGGACCUUAGGAAAAGCCUUCGGCUGUGUUGGAGGUUACAUUGCCAGCAGCGACGCCCUGGUGGACACAGUGCGCUCCUUCGCAGCCGGCUUCAUCUUCACCACUGCCCUGCCCCCAAUGAACCUGGCUGGGGCUCUGGAGUCUGUUCGGGUCCUGAAGAGUCCUGAGGGUCAGGGGCUCCGCAGAGCCCACCAGAGGAACGUCAAACACAUGAGGCAACUGCUGAUGGAUAAAGGUCUGCCUGUGGUCAACUGUCCCAGUCACAUCAUCCCAAUACGGGUGGGCAAUGCUGAGCUGAACACAAAGGUGUGUGACAUCCUCCUGGAGAGACACAACAUCUACGUCCAGGCCAUCAACUACCCCACGGUGCCUCGUGGUGAGGAGCUGCUGCGUUUGGCUCCAUCUCCUCAUCACAACCCCGCCAUGAUGGAGUACUUUGUGGAGAAACUGGUGGAGGUGUGGCAGGAAGCAGGGCUCCUGCUCAACAGCCCGGCGACAGCUUCCUGCACCUUCUGUGACCGUCCACUGCACUUUGACCUCAUGAGCGAGUGGGAGAAGUCUUACUUUGGCAACAUGGAACCACAAUAUAUAACAGUGUCUGCAUAACUACCAUCUAAACAGAAGUUGACUCUAAACAGAUCAAGCUAUAUUUCUACACCCAUCUAAUUCAUAAAGCUUCUCUUUAGGGGCACUCAGAAGACUGUGUAAUUAAGUUUGAAUUAUUAAAUGUCAGUGUUAGGGACAACAUCCAGUUUUUAUUCUGUUUUCCUGUAUUUAUGCUUAUUCUAUAUUGUGGUUGUUGUCAUUGGUAGUUUGAAAUAAAAUUGUGCCUUAUUUGUUUCAAGAGCAUUAAACCUGCACAUUGAUCACUUUCUCAUAGCUCUUAUCCUGGUGUGAUUGAUUGGAAUAAACAAUUUAAAUUCA